GAGAAAAACACAUAAAAAGCCGUGCCGAGUAUGUCCUCUUCCUCGAGGCUGGCGAGACUGCUUGGUCAGUCGAAGCCACGCCCGCGCUUGAACAGCACCUCUUUUCGUGUCCAUCCUUCGUCUUGCUCCCCCUUUUUCUCCCCCUCGUUUCUGUGCCGGAACACGGCCGCCGGGACAGCUCGGUCCGUCUCCACAAAAGCGCCCGGGCUCGCGUCAUCGGCGUCGGGUGCUGGUCGGGACCGGUUGCAGUUGGUCUGGGCCACUGUUGGUGUUGCCGCUGCGUGUGCAGGAACAUAUUAUUACAAAAUGGCCGUCGACGAGCCGCUGAGGCUCGACCCGGCCACGCUGGCGGAGCGUGAUGCCCUGGCCGUGCGGGAGUCGGGCGUGACCAAGCAGUCGCCCAUGCGGCUGCGCAUGGAGGAGUUCAUCAAGGAACAGCAGCGCCUGAUCGUGCAGGGGCUCGAGGAGGUGGACGGCACCAAGUUCCGGGUCGACGAGUGGCAGCGCAAGGAGGGCGGCGGCGGCAUCACGUGCGUGCUGCAGGACGGCAAGGUCUUUGAGAAGGCCGGCGUCGGCGUGAGCGUCGUCUACGGCUCGCUGCCCAAGCCGGCCAUCGAGAAGAUGCGGGCCAACCACAAGAACAUCGCGGGCGGCAGCGACGUGAUCCCCGACAAGCUCGACUUCUUCGCCGCCGGCCUGAGCCUCGUCAUCCACCCCAGCAACCCCAUGGCGCCCACGGUGCACCUCAACUACCGCUACUUCGAGACGGCGCACCCGGACGGCAGCUCGGGCGCCUGGUGGUUCGGCGGCGGCGCCGACCUGACGCCGGCGUACCUGUUCGACGAGGACGCGGUGCACUUCCACCGCACCCUCAAGGACGUGUGCGACAAGCACGACAAGACGUACUACCCGCGCUUCAAGAAGUGGUGCGACGAGUACUUCUUCAACAAGCACCGCGGCGAGUCCCGCGGCGUCGGCGGCAUCUUCUUCGACGACCUGGACGAGUCCGUCUCGGACCGCGAGAACACCUUUGCCUUCAUCCAGGACGGCCUGCGCGCCUUCCUGCCGUCGUACGUGCCCGUCGUCGAGCGCCGCAAGGACAUGCCCUUCACGCCCGAGGAGAAGGAGUGGCAGCAGCUGCGCCGCGGCAAGUACGUCGAGUUCAACCUGGUGCACGACCGCGGCACCGCCUUUGGUCUCAACAGCCCCGGCGCCCGCGUCGAGAGCAUCCUCAUGAGCCUGCCCCGCACCGCCAGCUGGGCCUACAUGCACGAGCCCGCGCCUAAGAGCCGCGAGGCGAGGCUGACGGAGAUUCUGAGGAAUCCCAAGGAGUGGGUUUGAGCUGGGCGAGGGGGCGAGUUCAAUCGGCCAUGUGUAGAGGCAGACGACGCCAUCUGGAAAAGGAUGGAUUCCUGUCUUGUUCACGCAGUGUGCUGUAUCAAAGAGGGCCAUAGUAUAUAGUCCAGCAUUUAUAAUAAAUGAGCAAGUUGAUCAAGUGG